AUGCUGCCGACUUCCGUCACAUAUAAUACCCUAAUUUUUGCUUUUUGCAAGAUUGAAAAGUUAACUGUGGCAGAGCACUUUCUUAGGCAAAUUGAGCUUAAUGGAAUAAAUCCAACAGUAGUGAUCUACGCCACUCUUAUGGAUGCCUUUGUUGGAGCUGAAAAUACUGAUUUAAUGUUAAGAAAGUUCAACGAAAUGAUUGAGAAAGCAAUCAUGCCCAAUGUUAUUACAUACAGUGUAGUCAUGAAGGGGCUCUGUAAGCAAGGGAGGCUACAAAAGGCUAUUGACAUUCUCAAGGAUAUGCAUAUAUCAGUCAAUAGCUAUACUUUAGCUCCAUUGGGGCUUUCUUUUCAGGAGGUCUACGUUUCAAAUCCUAGGUAUUGCUUAGAAAAAUUAAAAGUAAUAGCUACACUUAAACAACUUAGUUAUGUCUGCUUCUCUUUAGGGUCUGGUUUGACGCCAUCUCUUUGUGAAUUGCUGCAGAAUAACUUCAGAGACUGGGAUUCUUGCAGUAUAGUAUGGGACGUCUUGGCAAAUGUUUAUUCUCGAUUGGAAAUGAUUCAUGAUGCCCUUUGUGUUCUCAGCAAGAUGGACAACCCGAACAUGCAAGCUUCAAUAUCCACUUAUGACAGUUUGAUGUACAAUUUAAGACAUACAGAUAUGGUCUGGGGCAUCUACAAAGAAAUCAGAGCCCGUGGGGUUACUCAUAGUGAAUACACUUAUGACAUCCUCAUUGACAGUCUUUGCAAGCAGCAGAGGUUGCAGGAUGCCAUAUCCUUCUUCCAAGACAUGCAGGGUCGAAAAGAGGUCAAACCUUGCAUUGUCACUUUCAACACCCUCAUGUCUUUAGCUCAGUUGGGGCUUUCCUUUCAGGAGGUCCACGUUUCAAAUCCUAGAAAUUAUUCAGAAAAAUUAAAAGUAGUAGCUACACUUAAACAACUUAGUUAUGUCUGCUUCUCUUUAGGGUCUGGUUCGGCGCCAUCCCUUUGUGAAUUGCUGCAGAAUAAUUUCAGAGACUCGGAGUCUACCCUCAGUGUGAUUAGAGCCUGCUAUCUUAGUUGCAGAACUACCAGAUACUAA